AUGGCUUGCUGGCCGAACAUCGGCCUUGCUCCCACACGAGGAAACAUUGAGCUCAUCCGAUCGGAUCCCUUUGGGAACGAAAAGAAUGAUGACCUCGCCUUCCUGCACCUACUGCCGAUUUUGGUACUUUUCCGACUCGGACCCGAGACCCAGCCAGAAUGUGGUUCCGUGAUGAUGGACCAGCUGCACAACAUACCCUCCCAUAACCACCCUCCCGGUGAUAGUUCCCACUAG